AUGUUCCUCAUUGUGUGCAUCUUCCGCACUUCAACAGUGGAGAUUAAAAAUAUGCAAAUAUUGAGUGAGAAAUGUAUUCUCAUGAUACUCUUGGAAUCCUGUGUACUGCUGCAGUAUCUGGAUUGCAAGUACUACAGUGAUGUGGUGUUGGGAUUGGAAGUUGACACUGUGAACUCUGUCCAGUUUUCAAACCACACAGGUUACGCCCACUGGAAGGGUCAGGUGUUAAAUUCAGAUGAACUUCAUGAACUGUAUGAAGGACUUAAGCUGAACAACGUCAACCACUAUGAUUAUGUACUCACAGGCUACACAAGGGACACAUCAUUCCUUGCCAUGGUAGUCGAUAUUGUUAAAGAGUUGAAACAACAGAACUCUAACUUAGUGUAUGUGUGCGAUCCAGUGAUGGGUGACAAAUGGAAUGGAGAAGGCUCUAUGUACGUGCCAAAAGACCUUCUUCCUGUUUACAGAGACAAAGUUGUACCUGUUGCAGACAUAAUUACCCCUAACCAGUUUGAGGCUGAGUUACUCACGGGAAGAAAGAUUCACACAGAAAAAGAAGCUAUAGAGGUAAUGGAUAUGCUUCAUGCUAUGGGACCAGAGACUGUGGUGAUCACCAGCUCAGAUCUACAGGCACCUCUAGGAAACGACUACCUAAUUGCACUGGGGAGCCAAAGAAAAACUGAAGCAGAUGGUACAAAAGUGAUGCAGAGAAUUCGUGUGGAGUCUCCUAAAGUGGAUGCUGUCUUUGUUGGAACAGGAGACUUGUUUGCUGCUAUGCUCUUGGCCUGGACACACAAACAUCCAAACAAUCUUAAGGUGGCAUGUGAAAAGACUGUAUCAGCCAUGCAACAUGUUCUACAAAGGACCAUCACAAGUGCAAAAGCACAGGCUGGAGAAGGAAACAAACCAAACUCAGCCCAGCUGGAAUUGAGGAUGGUCCAAAGCAAAAAGGACAUAGAAAACCCAGCGAUGAUAAUAAAAGCUACUGUGUUAUAAAGGCUGUAUGUCUCCUAAUAACGCACAAUGUAUUGAUGUCCUCUUUUUCUUUCCUGUAAAUUGUAAUGUUUGCCUUAGAUCUGUGACAGAAACCUGACUUCCAUGAAAUAGCACCCAGCAUAGACAGAUACCUAUUAUCAAACAUAUGUGCUGGCCUGGCUUGGUUUAAAAGCAAAACAGCAAGUAUUGAAACUUACUGCAAGGUAUCAAAAUGGCUGUGAAAUUCACUCAGUCUUUUAUUACCCUGGGCAACUGAGUACAAGGGUUCCUGACUUGCCAAAGACAUUGGGUGUGAAUUUGCUAGUAGAGCUGACUGACUGGAGCCUAUGCAGUAGUAAUGCAUCUUGUGCCAAUUGUGUUGGCUACCUGCUCCUUUUGCUGAAUCCAGUUGGUAGCCUGCUGUGGUGUUCAGCAUUUCAAUUACUCUAAAAUCAAGUAUGAUUAAAACUGUCCAGAAGGUCCAGGAUGGGUGUAGGGAGUUACUUGAGAGAUGUUUUGCUUUCAGUACUCCGCAGAGGUCUUGAGGUGUCAUUUCAUGUUUCUGAUAACUGCUCCUGUCUCGAGCCUAUAAAUGAUUACACAGUUCCAAUUUCUACAGGUGCUAAUCGCUUUAUUCUCAGCGACAAGCAUCCACAUGACUUUCUUCCCAUGUCCCACUCCAAAAAAGAUGGACAACAAUGAAUGAAUAACUAUUUACUAGCACUGCAUAGAAACUUAUAACUCUACCUCUGAAAGCAGACUUCAUUCCUUUUUUACUAAAGAUUAUUCAAGACAAAGCUUCCUUAUGAAAAGAAAAUAAUGUGGCUACCUACUUUGAAAGCUAAGUAACCUAUUAGCAAUUUUUAUCCAUUGGAAUACUGUGCUACUGAUUACCUUCAUUAUUUGCUGAGGACAGUUUAGUCUUCAUGGAUAGUUCUAUUUAUAAACACCAGAGGGCAGUUCUACUUAAUACAAAUGAGUUGUCUGUUUCAUUUGUAAAUGCACUGUGUAGGGAAAGGCUGGGUUAGUUAUAAGCUUGCUCAUGGUGAGUGAUGUGUAGAAAAAUUGUUGUUCAUAGUGCCAUUCUUUGCAAUAGUCCAUUUUCAGAACCAUUUUUCUUGUGCUGCAGAACAAAUAGUAACUUUAUGUUCAUUAUUCAAAUAAGUUGCUAGAGAUUUUAUCAGAGCAAAGAUUUUAUAUAUGCAGUUUAUUCCAUUUUAUAUUUAUCAUUUAUAUUGCUAUAUUCUUAUAUUCAUAUCAAGUUUCUUUGAAUCUCUCGUGAGCAAGAUGGACAAUAUUGCUUGUCUGUUUCAUGCUUGUGUAUAGCGGGAUGUUGAAAUAUAUCUAGAUAGCUCUACUGUUCUCUCAUAAUCACUGUAGUACCUGAGCACCUCAGUAUAACAGUUCCCCUGGCCUAGCUUUUUCUUUCUUUUUAUGGAACAGCUGGGGAAAUAUAAUUCCUAUUUUUUUUAUCAGACUUCUGUUCCCUGAAGUUUUUGUAGAAUGGGGCCUCAGUCCUUUGCAGUUCCCUGCAUACUCUCAGGCACAUCUUAUAUUUACUGUUUUUCUGCGGGAGGUCUUGACCACAUACAGCUUCUGUUGACCUCCGUGAGCAGUCACAAGUUCUUGACAUCUCUUGGCAUGUGGACUUCUCCUGGUAGCACAGAAAUUGCACUUUUGUACAAUAGCAGAGAUCAGAUGUUCACCAAGAAGGGAGGGCAGCUUUGUUUUGCGCAGCAAAAACGUGAGGUCAUUGUCUCCUGUGUUCCUCCCCAGCAUCAUUCUCCUGGCAAGGGUUGUCUAAUUUAUAAUCAGUGUCAGUGAUCUAGCUUGAGCCACUCUCCCUCACUCCUGCCAACAAACCCGGGUCUGGUUUUAAAGUCUGCAGUUGUGCAAGUUAUCUUCACUGAGUUCCUGUGUGGACUUCCUGUCAUUGGUACUGUUGUUUGGCCUCUAGUGGGGGCAAACAAAACUAUUUUUACAGCUAAUGUUAGGCUGAACUGAUUUUUUUUUUUUCUCGUUAAUAGGACAAAGGUAGUACAAUUCAUAGGCCUCUUAAAUCCCUCAUUUUCAGUCAGUAAAUGCCAUUUAAGUAAAUGCAUUUUGUAAUAGAUUUAGAGAACUCUCAGGUUUUGUCCUAGGUAGCUAACGAUUUCAUAAUCAAGUCUGAUUUUGCUCUGUAAUUACAAAUUUGUCUUUCUUAUUUAAGAAACAGAAAAAGAAUCCAUAGAUUACCUAGUAAACUUGACUGCUGCCACAAUUUACGAUAACCACUGCCAUGAAAUAACUGUAGCAAUAAUAAUUCUGGUGUCAAAUGAAGUGUAGCCAUCUACACUGAAGGGGGGAGCUUGUGACAGCCCUCUAAAUCUUGUAAAGGUGGUAAACAGUACCUUUUUUCCUCUGUAUUGUGUUUUUAAACUUUUAAUUAGUUUUGUUUCUUGUUAAUCACUUCUCAUAAA